AUGAUCAACCCGUUCAAGGCCAUGGCCAACUUGAUCAGAAGAUUCAGGAGGAAGCGCAGGCUUUCGUCCGAGUUGGACACCCGCUGGGGCGACCCUUCUAUCAGCUACCCCAACGCCGGGUCCUGGAACCAGUGGGAUCAACCAUCUGGGUUUGUUGCAAAUGCCUCCCCGGGUGCUUCGCGGACUAUCCAAGCACAUGAAACGCGGCGAUAUGUGCCCUUAGGUACGAGUCCUUCACAGCAUCCCGGAACAUCAAGCGACUCCGGCUAUCAAAGCUUCCAUCCUCGCGAGGAUCCUGCCCAUGCCGACUCGGUCAUCCCCAAGGGAUACUUCAACGAGAAUAUACGGCACCGUCCUGGCAAGAGCCAAGAACCACCUCUCACGGGACUUGGUAUCGGUGGCAGCCGAUCAGAAAUGGAGGGAGCCAACAGGACCGCGCUGGCGGAUGAAUCGUGCGACGAAGAAGAGGAAGAAGGCCGCGACACGUUGGGAGACCCAGCAGGAUUGGCUUUCCGCUCCCCUCUGACGGGCGGUUCGCAGCGAUAUUCCCCCCGAGAUGACCAGGACCCUUAUUUUGAUCGCGCCUCUAAAUCACCCCCGCUGUCCGUCACCCAGCGCAUGCGACGGUUGAGUGGACAGAGUUACAUGACCGAGCCAUCAUCGUCUGUCGCAGGAACAGCCAGCUCGAGACGGACCAGCUACACUGCCGCAUCGUCAGUUUCGGCACCAUCGCUUCCACCGGAUACGCCGCGAUUUGUGUUCAACACCAUGCACCCUGCGCACGAGAAACAAUCUCCUUCCCGUCCGAGGCACCGGGAGCCCGAGCCCCCCUUCAGCAAGAAAUGGUACCGUCCUACGAGGACCUUUAUGGGUGAUGGGCGAUAG